CAACAAAUGAUUUGCGAUUCUAGCCGUAUUACGUUCGAUAUGCGCCGGUAGCACUUCGACAAAUAAAUAUGUUACCCCGUCCAGGCUGGCAUCAUGCUGGAAGACGCCCUCUGCAGGAAUUGACUAGAACCACAUACCCAACACUCCAUCCGCUUUUCAGAGCCUCAAAUUCAGGUUCUCUUAAACCAUGGAUUGUCUCGGGCCGAUAUACUUCAACCCUCCAAGCGGGUGAAGACAAGACUGGUCAUAUUAGUGCUGGACCUAACGAGGGCAUUUUGUUCUUCAACAAUGUCUUUCCUAUUCAAAUACGCAAGAUCCUAGGACUGCCAAUGCCAAGAAUUCUGGACAAACUUGUCAGUCCUGCUAUUUCUGGCACAGAUCCGACCAGCGUGAUCGAAAGGGCGAAAGCCAAACGCAACCUGCAAAUUACGGGCACCGAAGUCCUUCCUCGCAUGAGAGAAGGUGGUGCUUUUGUCAAAUUUUCAUAUGACAGUAGCACCUCAGCCUCCGAGAUCGAAAAAGUACUACAACAGUACUUGAGAGAUGAGCCUGUGAAGCCAUGGUGGAGCCCGUGGCGUCGCAUGCGCGCCAAAGUCGUCAAGGGACGGCCAUGGGUCGAGGACUUGAUGCGCUUGCCUGCCCCGCGGUUGAGGGUAGAGUUUGUUUCAGGCGAAGCAGGAGCCCCAGCUACGGACGCUGUGGAGUUGAGUCAAGAGCAGCUCUUCCAGUACUUCAGACCAUACGGAAAGCUAGGAGACAUCGUCAUGCAGCCUCCGGACUCCAAAGUACUGCCAAAGUUUGCUUAUCUGGACUACUCGAGCAUAGGAAAGGCCAUCAUGGCAAAGAACUGCAUGCAUGGUUAUCUAGUAUCGGAAGCCGAGGGGGGUGGUCUGAAAGGGACGAUCUUGAGGCUCAAAUACGAGCAGAAGAUCAAACCUCGUUAUAUCAGGGAUUGGAUUUUCGGUCAUCCGAGGAUUAUCAUUCCGAUCGUGGCAGCUCUCAUAGCUGGCACGGUAGCUAUUGUGUUUGAUCCGAUCCGGACGUUCUUUGUCAAAGCCCAUAUCACAAGAAAUUUCCACAUCGAAGACAACAGGUUCUACAAGUGGAUCAAAGGCUACGCCACAGAUAUCAUUCAUGGCGGCAAACACGACGAUGAUGAUGCUGGUAUGGAUGCAAUCUGGGAUGACCGUAAAGGAAACAUUGAGCAAAUACAAACGUGGCUAAUGGAGACGGCCGAGACGUUCAUCAUUGUGCAGGGUCCUCGUGGGUCCGGCAAACGCGAGUUGGUCGUCGAGCAAGCUCUGCAGGACAAAAAACUCAAGCUCGUACUUGAUUGCAAGCCCAUCCAAGAAGCCCGAGGCGACAGCGCUACCAUUAAUGCUGCUGCAAUGUCGGUUGGGUAUAGGCCGGUAUUCAGCUGGAUGAACAGCAUCAGCGGUAUGAUCGAUAUGGCUGCUCAGGGUGCAACAGGCGUCAAAACUGGCUUCUCUGAGACUCUUGACUCUCAGCUAAACAAGAUCUGGAACACGACAACGUUAGCUCUGAGGCAGAUCGCCUUGGACACUCGACACAAGAGUGACAAAGAUGCGAAUCUUGGCGAUGAUGAGUGGCUUGAAGCGCACCCAGAGCGCAGGCCCAUUGUCAUUAUUGACAACUUUCUACAUAAGAGCCAGGAAGGUGGUAUCGUUUACGACAAGAUCGCAGAAUGGGCCGCCCGCCUCACCACCACAAACGUCGCUCAUGUGAUCUUCUUGACAAACGAAGUCGCAUUUAGCAAAUCACUUUCAAAAGCUAUGCCCGACCGCGUAUUCCGCCAGAUUUCCCUAUCAGACUGUAGUCCUGAUGUCGCCAAACGCUUCGUUGUAACACAUCUAGAUGCCGAUGUCGAAGAUGACCCAUCGCCCAAGGAUGGCUCCCCCAAGAAAUUGCCGUCAGAGCAUCGGACUGAUCUCGGCGAGUUAGACACUUGUAUCGAUUUACUCGGCGGUCGACUCACUGACCUUGAGUUCCUGGCAAGGAGAAUCAAAACGGGCGAAACACCAACAAAGGCUGUGCACGAGAUCAUCGAUCAGUCGGCUUCUGAGAUCCUCAAAAUGUACAUCUUCGGUAUGGAAGACGAAGGUGGCAACAGACAAUGGAACGCUGAACAGGCGUGGAUGUUGAUUAAGACACUCGCUCAGAGAGAAAGCCUACGAUACAACGAAGUGCUGCUUGACGACAUGUUCAAGACAGGCGGCGAAUCUGUCCUCCGAGCACUCGAACAAGCGGAGCUCAUCUCUAUCGUCUCAGGCCCGAACGGCAGACCAUCGACUAUCAAGCCCGGCAAGCCUGUCUACCAUUCUGCGUUCAAACGCUUGACGGACGACAAGGUGCUGAAGAGUCACUUGGAUCUCGCCAUCCUUACCAACCUGUCGAAGAUUGAAAAUGCGACGAUUGACAAGUGUGAGAAUGAGUUGCUGCUGCUGAGCAAGCUCAGAAGCCAGCCUGCGCAGACGACGGGGAGAGUAAACUACCUGCUUACGAAGAUGAUGACUAGCCAGAACAAGGUGGAGAAUUAUGAGCUGGAGAUGAAGGGGUUGAAGAAGGUUUUGGCUGAUGAGAAUUGAUGAGUAGGCGAAAGUAAGAGGUCUCUAUGAUGAGGCACUUUUGGCUUGGAGCGCAAACGUACAUAUAUAGCGAUACUAUCUCCCUUCAAUUGCAACGAUAGUCUUUCUAUCGUGAAUGUCCAU